AUGAAGUCAGGAAAAGUUGUCCUUGAUAAAUCUUAUGGCCAUGGCCUGGUAGCUGCCAACGACAAAUAUCCCAGGAAGGUCCCACGAAGCAUGGGAAGAAGUGAAAGCAAAGGUCUAAGGUCAAGUUCAUUUGUCAAGGUAUUUAAUUUCAAUCACCUCAUGCCUACCAGAUUAACUGAGAAAACUGUCGUGAACAAGGAUAUCUUCAGGGAUCCAGUCUUUACGAGUAAAGCAAGGAGAGAAACAGGAAAAAAUAAAUGGUUUUUCCAGAAGCUGAGGUUUUAA